UAAAAUGGUGCAUAAGGAAUUUGGAGAUAUCUUCAAGAGAUUUAUUUAAAUUCCAAUUCUUAAGAACACAUUUGCUGAACACUUCUAUUAAGCAUUUUAAUUUUUACCAGGACAUGUACUUGAGAGAAAUUCUAAUCAUUUAGUAUUAAGAUAUAAGGUUCCUUAAAAUAUAAUGAAUAUGAAUGGUUCAGUACAUGGAGGGGCAUUGGCUACUAUUUUAGAUUGUGCUACUACUAUUGCUAUUUUAAGAGGAGAUAGAAAUCUUUCAAGAACUGUCAGGUUUGCUAUUUUUUUAUAUUUAAGCAUUGAAUUAGGUUUGUCUUUUAUAAGUCCUGCCAAAUUUAAUGAUUCCUUGCUUGUACAUGCAGUUUGUUAAAAAGUAGGCAAAAAUAUAGCAUAUUCUGUUUGUGAUAUUUAUGAAGAAAACGAUAUGAAAUUAGUCACUACAGGUAGACAUAUCAAAGCAGUCUUACCUGGAACAUUUUUUGAUUCAGAUUUCAAAAAAAUUUCAUGAAAA